AUGUUUAAGGAUUUGUUACUGCAAUGUCCUCACCAUGGUUUCGAACAGUGGAGACUAUCAACAAUUCUAUAUGAAGGGUUGGAUUUCGCCACUCGAACCUUGGUUGAAUCUAUGUGCAAUGGUGAGUUCACAGAUAAAAGUGCCGACGAGUCGUGGGCCUUCUUGCAUGAAGUUUCCGAGAAAACUCAGCAAUGGGAGUCUGAUAGAGCACCUAGGAAGUCGACCAUCAGGGGUAAUGUUCAUAAAAUAGAGUCUGACUUUGAGGGUAAUGCUAAAAUAGCAUCAUUGGUUAGGAGAGUUGAGGCUUUAGAACUAGAGAAAAGUAUGAAAUCUGCUGCAACUACUUCUUGGAACCAAGUUGAGGUUUAUAAUUGUGUUGAGUGUAAUAGUUCUGAUUAUCUUGUUGAUAACUUCCCACAAUUUCAUGCAUUUCAAGAGUCCAGACCUGAGCAAGCUAAUCUUUUGUAUCAAAAGCAUGAGAAUAACCCCUAUUCUCAGACAUAUAACCCAGGGUGGAGAAACCACCCUAACUUUUCAUGGUCCAAGGUCCCUGUACAAGGGGGAAAUCCAGGAAACACACAAGGAUAUUCAUAUCCUAGAAACCCCCAAGUACAAUCGCACACACAGUACCCGGUAGAGAAAAGGCCUAGUUUUUAUGAGGGUGUAAACCAAAUGAAUCAAAAUAUUUUGCAAUAUCAGAAGAUGAAUGACCAAAGGUUUGCUAGUCUAGAACUUAAGUUGGGCCAAAUUUGUGAUGCUAUAAAUGAGAGGGAAAAGGGUAAACUCCCUAGUCAACCUCAGAAAAAUCCGAAAGGCACCUUUCAGGCAAGUACAUCUAAUUGUAAUGAGACUGCACAUGCUGUCACCACUCUUCGCAGUGCUAAUGUUCCUGUUGCUCCAUUUCCUUGA